GCAGGCAACGUGAUGGGAAUUACCAAAUCAUUUUUACAACAUUAGAUUGCAUGAUAGAGAAACACCCAGGGUUUUUGGGGGUCUUUUGCUUUGCAGAGACAUAAGGGUGUUCUCGACAUCCAAGUCUCGCGAGAGCGUUGGACAGCUGACAGCUGAUUUCUCCUUGGCUGUAGGAGGAAACCACAAUCUUCAGUACUUUUGGUUUGCGUCCCAAGGGAAUACGUUCGGGUUUUGGCUAGAGUCAUGUGCUCGGGUCUGCAGGUAGAUGUUCCUCUAGCUGUGGUUGAGGAGAUCCUCCUGAAGCUGCCCGCUCAUCAGGUGGUGCGAGUCUGUCGUCUGGUGUGUCACGAGUGGAAGGAGCUGGUGGACAGUGCUGCACACUGGAGAGAGCGCUGCCGGAGAGAGAGGAUCCAGCCGUGUGAUGCUUCCAGACUGCCAGACGACUGGCGCUUGUUUUACUUCUUAACUAGGAAACGACGUAACUUGCUCAAGAAUCCCAGAGCGGAAGAUAAACUUAAAGGUUGGAAUAUUAUACAGAAUGGAGGUGACCGGUGGGCAGCGGAGGACAAUAGGAAACCAUUUCCGGAUGAGACCGUCACAAAAUGUUUUGUAACAUCUUACGGGUUAUGUUUGAAGCAACAGGUUAUUGAUUUGAAGAAAGAAGGCUACGUUGAUGCAUUCAUGGAUCAAAUGCAACCUCCUAUCAAAAUCACAGACUGGUACGCACCACGCCUCGAUUGUGGGUGUCUUUAUGAGAUCAAUGUACAGUUGCUUGAUCACAAAAAAAAACAUAUAUGUUCCAUUGAGCCUGAGAAAGUUCGUUUUGAACAGUGGAAUGAUGAGCCGUGGUGUCAAAUGACUCAUAUCUUUAGGGAUUAUGGACCCGGGGUUCGGUUUAUUCGUUUCACUCAUGGAGGGCAGGAUACACAGUUUUGGGCAGGCUGGUAUGGGAUACGGGUCACUAACAGUAGUGUGGAGAUCUGUCCGGCUGAAGAGAGAUAGUGCUUAUACAUAUAUAUAAUUCUAAUGAUGUAAUAUGCUUUAAAGUACAUUUUUACAAAGCUGUAUGGAUUUGUUCUCAAUAAUUGCUAUGUGGUAAACCGUUCAAAUAAAGGAUCUUAUUAAAUACAGGUAUAGAUAUGCAGUUAACAAAUUAUUUUACUUAAUGAAAUUAAUCAGUUUGCAUAACUGCAGUAACUGAUUACAAAAUGAAGGUGAUGGUAUGUCCUUUAGUGCAGAUUCACCACAGCUGCAGCAAGUAAUUUGGAGGUUUAUGGUUUUCUAUUGAUUUUACUGAACAUAAUUAAAAUUUAAAUGUCUUCGGGAUGCGGUUGUUGCAGUUAUUAAGUUAUUGUAUAGUUCUAAAUGAAUGUGAGAAAUGUAUACAAUGGAAAGAAAGUGAAUGGAUACGAGAAUGUUACAAUGUUUUGCAAAUGUUUUUAACAAUAAAAACAUAAUAAAAUAUAUCACAUUUACAGAAA